AUGAACCUGGAGAGGUUUGCGAAUCUUGCUGCGAGAUCCGCGCGUGGAGAAUUCGCCGUCUAUAGCAUUGAUACAGGUGAACACCCAAAUAUGGAAGUAACUAAAUUCGCCAGCCGGGCCCAAGCCCACGGACGACUCUCAACAUUCUUAGAGCGAUACGUCGAUUUCUUCGACCCACAAUGCGGCUUCGACUUCAAUCCCGGCACGCUAAUCGACAUCUGUCCUUUCCGGUGUCUGGGCGCUAGUGUCCCAGACUAUGAUGGGGGUACCGCAGAUCCAGACAUUUGUGGCUGUGGCCAGGAUUUACGACCUUUCGUCAACUUCCGCGACGGUGUUGGAGUCAUUGCGGAAGAGGAAGAUCACCCUUCCUCGAAGUCUUGA